ACAUUCCCUCUUUAGCCAGUGCCUAGGCUGUCCGCAGAGAAGAAACAGGUAGCAUGGCUCCUGGAGAAACUGAAAGGGAGGCGGGGCCGGCCAAGAGUGCCCUCCAGAAGGUCCGCAGAGCAACCCUGGUGAUCAACUUGGCCCGAGGAUGGCAGCAGUGGGCGAAUGAGAACAGUACCAGACAGGCCCAGGAGCCUGCAGGCUGGCUGCCAGGAGCAACUCAAGACCUACCUCACACUCCUAAAGAACCGGGUCCUCGCCAGCAUGCCCCCAAACCUCCGUCUCCAAAGCCAGAUGGAGACAGAGAGGGACGAGGCUCUGAGGAAGCCACGGAGGUCUCCCAUAUCAAAAGGAAAGAGGUGACCAGAACGGUUGUCAGUAAGGCGUAUGAGAGAGGAGGAGAUGUGAACUACCUGAGCCACAGGUACGAGCAUGAUGGCGGCGUGUCUGAAGCGGUCCAGCCAGACAAUGACAUUGACAGAAUCCUCCUCAGUCACGACUCGCCAACGCGGAGAAGAAAAUGCACCAACUUGGUAUCUGAGCUGACCAAAGGCUGGAAAGUGAUGGAACAGGAGGAGCCCAAGUGGAAGAGUGACAGCAUAGACACAGAGGACAGUGGCUACGGAGGGGACAUGGAGGAGAGGCCUGAGCAAGAUGUAGCGCAGGUGGCUGCUGCCAGGAUUAAACGCCCCUUGCACUCCCAGGCAAACAGAUACUCAGAGACACUCAACUGUAAGGCCCAUCGGAAAUACAGCCAAGUGGACAACUUGAAAGGCAGGUGGCAGCAGUGGGCCGAUGAACACAUACAGUCACAGAAGCUCAACCCCUUCAGUGAUGAAUUUGACUAUGACCUAGCCAUGUCCACUCGACUCCACAAGGGAGACGAGGGAUAUGGCCGCCCAAAAGAGGGAAGCAAGACAGCUGAAAGGGCCAAGAGAGCCGAGGAGCACAUCUAUCGGGAAAUUAUGGAAUUGUGCUUUGUUAUCCGCACAAUGGCUCGCCAUAGACGAGAUGGCAAGAUCCAGGUUACUUUCGGAGAACUCUUUGAUAGAUAUGUUCGAAUUUCAGAUAAAGUGGUGGGCAUCCUCAUGCGUGCCAGGAAACACGGACUGGUGCACUUUGAAGGGGAGAUGCUAUGGCAAGGCAAAGAUGACCAUGUUGUGAUUACUCUCCUUGAGUAAGCCCUCAAUAAAUCAACCUGCCAUUGUUUUACUAUUAAAUGAUAAUGUAUUAUAAGUUCAAAGGCAAACUGCUCUGGAAUGUUAUCAAUAUUAAAUGAUUU